AUGGAAGUACCAGUUGACAAAGAAAUCACUUCAGAGAAUGCGGGUGAUAACAGCACUCAAAAUGUUGAAAAAGUCCAACUGGAAGGCAUGGGUAUGUAUCGAUUGAAAUAUGCUAAAUAAUAUAAAUACAGUUCAUAUAUCAUAUAGAUUUGUGAAUUGUUAGUAAAACCUCGAGUUUAACAAUUUUGGAAAAACAUUUAGGUGGUGUUUUCAUGAGAGUAAGAUGUAUUAUAUAUAAUUCCCAGGGUUGGUAAGUUAGAUGAAUAAUUAGGCCAAAUCGUCAUUAUAUAGUGCCGUUUAGAAAACAAAGAAAACAAAAGGCCAAGACAAAGAAAACAAAGGCCUAGUGUGACGGUGUUUGACCUAAUUAUUCAGCAAACCUAUCAACCCUGAUAAUUCCUGUGUUCCUUGAAUUUGUCUAACAAUUACUAAUUAGAAAGCAUAACGGUAGGUUGAGUCAUGAGCCAGUAAUCACAAAUCCGCCUAAUGAGGUGAUUUCUCGGGUGGAACUAAUUAGAAAAGAAUUUUGCGCGCGGAGCGGAAUCUUUCUAUGUCUUUUCUAAUUAGUUCCACCCGAUAAAUCACAAGAUAAAGAAAAAUUCCGCUACGCGCGCAAAAUUCCGCUUAGUGGAAAACCGGCUUUAAUGUUGUAUUGACUAUUGUCUUUUCAUAUUGUUUUGAAAAGCCCGCUGGUCACUGUUCUCUAUAUGCCAUCCAGUCAUUGAUUGUCAGUUCAGUGGCUUAUUUCUGGCUUCAAAAGCUUAUUUCUUCAAAAAAUUAUUAUUUCGGAAAAAAAACUUCUUAAUUCUUAAAAUAUGUGAUGGUAUUAAAAAUGUUAAAUCUUGUCAUGUAUACGUGAAGGCCCUGUCACACUAUUGCGCAUGAGAGAAACAUAUGAGAAGCGUAUGAAAAUUAAUGAAAUAAUUUUCAUACGCACAAAAAUCCUUUGAAAUGCCAGCGUAUGAGUACCAUACAUCUGGCGUACCUCUAGCGUAUUCAGCGUGUGCCUAGAGUAUGCUUAUCGUAUAAAGCAUACGUCCGAUACGCACAAAAUUUUUGAGCAUGCUUAAAAAAAUUUUCUGCCUGGCUGUAUGCCAGCGUAUGCCGCCGUACACGAACGUGCUUGAAACGUAUAUAACCUAUGCCUAACGUACCCCUAGCGUAUGUCAGCGUAUACCGGCGUAUGAGUGAUAUUUUUUAUACGCUGGCAUACGCUAGUACGAUACGCAAUAGUGUGACAGGGCCUUUAGUUUCAAGCUAGAACUCCUGCCUUAUUCUUACGAGCAUCAGUUGAUUUUCCAGUAACCAACGCAAAAGAGGUGAAAGCUGGCUUGGCGUAUGAAGUUGUGAUAAAACCAGCACUCGAACCAGAGAAGAAGCCAAAUAUCGAAUCCCCUGCCAAAGAAAUUACCAAAGAAAUUGUUAAUAAGAAGUUAGUUGAGGCCGCACAUAGAAGAAAGGUUCGGUUAUUGUACUUAAUUGUUAUUGUGAAAUUAUAUUAAUGGGUGAUACCAGCUGCAGACUAAAUUUUGAUCAAGGCAAGAUGAACGAAAUCCAACACCACAGCUAGAAAGAGCGUCUUAGAAUGAGCAAAACUGCAAAGAUUGGUUGCUAAAUGUUGUAAAAUGAGGAAAAUAUAGCCCUGUGAAGUUCGCAAAUUUUGUAUAUAUUAUUAGGCCAAAAAAAAAAUAUGUGGGUUUCCGGUUUCCCGACCCUACCUAGCUUUUGGACGUCGAAAUCCCGACCCUAAACUUUUUUAUUGGAUUAUGCUUGUAAGUGUUUCCACUUAGAGGAAAAAGUUUGUGGAAAAUUGAAAUUUGAGGCAAUAUUAGGGAAAUUUAUCUUUGGAUGUGGAAGCACUGACUAAACAAAAUGGCGUCCGCUUGUUCGGAAAAUUAAAAAAAAAAGUUAAAAAAAAAGUUAAAACCGACCUACCCUACCUAAGUUUUUAUAAGAAGAAACCGGAAACCCACAUAUAUUUUUUUUGGCCUUAUGGUAAAAAUAACCACCUUCGGCGCAAUGCAAAAUUUGCGAGCUUCACAUAUGUUCACAGGUCUCACAGGGCUAUAUUUUCCUUAUUUUACAAAAAUUCGCAACCAAACUUUGCAAUUUUACUCAUUUUAAGAUGCUCUUUCCAGCUGUUGUGUUGGUUUCCUUCUUCUUGUCCAGAUCAAAAUUUCGUCUAUACCUGGAACCAUCCAUUAUUACUAUAGUGCAUGACAUUAGGUGAAAUGAUCAUAAUAUAGCCUGUGUCACGUUUCAAAGGACCGUCUGCGAGUGAAAAUGAUUUGCUAUUUAGAUUCUCGCAAGUGAAAAACACGAAAAAAUUGUGGCGGAAAUGGAGCAUGUGAAACAAGUGCAUCAUGUUCGCACUGAAAGUGUAGAAGAGAAGACGAAGCAAGUCGCUGUGAAAUUGGAAGAAAAACGCAAGACGAUUGAAGCGAGGCAAGAAGCAGCGAGAAUCGAGCUGGAGAAACAACGCCAAGCAAAACAAGAACGUUUUAAAGAUGUUUUACAACAUGCACAUAAAAAAGAAGAACUUUUAGUCAAGGUACUUGUAUGACUUUUACAAUAUAGUGUUAGAAUGCAAGUAUUGUGUUCAUGAAUUUUGUUAUUGACGCACAUAUUUUGUUCCCCCUAUAAUGAGUAUUUUAUUAUGGAUAGCUCUAUCAACUUCAUUCAUUUAGAGAACUCUACACUAUGCAUACAUAAGCAAGCACAAGUUGCAACAAACCUGCAGCAGACUUGCAGCAAUUCUGUUCCAACAACUUGUCAACAGGAUGUGUUCGCACUGCUUGUUCCCAGCUUGUUGACAAGUUCUUGUUGGAACUUGCUACAAGGUUGUUGAGCUCAACAGACUUGUUACAAGUUGUUCCAACAACUUGUUAUCGUCCUGCAAUUAAACAAUUUGUCAACAAGUUGCGAGUGACAACUUUGUAGCAACUUGAUAAAAUAAUUGCAUUGUUGACAAGCUUCCUGCAAGCCCGUUGCGAACACAUCUUGUUGCGGACAAGUUGUUUAGAUUUUUAUGUGUGUAACUGUCCAGUAAUGCGAUACCGUAAACUUCCGAAUAUAAGCCCCCCCCCCCGAAUAUAAGCCCACCCCUACAUAAGCCCACCCGUAUAUAAGCCCAUCACACUAUAAUACCGGUAAAUUACACAAAAAAAUCCACUACAUUGCAUUAAAUUUCAACUAAGACUACGUCUACGGUAUGUAUUUAUUUAAACAAAGGUUAUAAAGGAUUACAAAACACUUGACAGUUCGUCCCGAUUUUGCCUCAAGGAGUCACGGACAUAUUUUUUGUGCAGUUUCGGUCCGUAAAUAUAGUACGUGUUUUCUUACUAUUAACCUAAGAUGUGGUCCGUGUAUAAGCCCCCCGUAUAUAAGCCCCCCCCCCCAUGUAUAAGCCCAUCAAAAAAGGCUUAUGAAAUUAUAUAAGCCCAGGGCUUAUAUUCUGAAGUUUACGGUAUGUCGUAUUGAAAUCUACGUGAAAAAAAUAGAAUAAAAUAAAUUUUAAAAAUUGUAACUAAAAUAAAUUGAGCUUGAAUCUUGAUUGGCUUAAUCUCUCACUAAUUAUUAUCUGAUUAAUUUUAACCAUAGACAACUGAAGAGAAAAUAACGGUGAAGACCGAGGUAUCGACAGAGAAACGUGAAGCCAUUAUUAAAGGAAUAAAGGAACAACAGCAAGCAAGAUUUAAGAAGAUCGAAAUGGCGAAGAAUAUUCGUGAAGAGAUCCAACAGAAUCGUUCAAAAGAUUUAGAAGAGAAAACACAACAGAAAUUCAUGACUGCGAAGGAACUGCUUGAGAAUCAGGAGAAAGCACGUCAGGUGAAGAUUGUAGUUGUAGUAUAGCUGGCCUAAUCAUCGGUUGGGGUGGAAUAGGCAAUUCCAGCUUUUAGUUUAUGCGUGCAGGGGACGAUGGGAAGUAAGGUAUCACAUUGCUGAUAAUGCUGAAAAAAUAAAAAUGGUGGCUGUGUAAACACGGACUGAUAGCUUAUACUUGUAAAUAUUGAAAUAGUUCGGUUGAAAAUAUUGAAAUAUUGAAAUAUUUGUCAUAAAAGAAUAGAAUGUGGUAACCGAGCACCUCGAUUAUACAAUAUCCAUUUCGGCAUUGCAGUAUAUAUUGCAAAAUUUGUCCUGAAAAAUGUCCGACCAAAUCAAUGAAAUUUGAUUGGAAACAUUUCAAGUUUGGUCGAACAUUGUUUCGAUUCCAUUUUGAUUCCAUGCCUUCGUUGGGUAAACUAGGCCAAUAUAUAGAUAAUACUUUAUGCUAUAUCUGCAUUUUGGCUGAUAGAACACACAACAAACAUUGUUUCUCAAUUAUAUCCGCGCAUAUGUUUUCAGGAGAAAUUCGAAGCUGAAGAGGAGCGCCUGAGACGAGCGAAACACGUGAGUGAAGAGAAAAUUGAGAAUGAGAUCCGUAAGAAAGCUGAGAAAGCUCAACAAAAAAUGGAGAGAUACAAAGAGAACCUCGAAGCGCAGCGUGAAGCUAGACUUGAAAAAUUAAGAGCAGAGGAACACCACAGGGAGGAGGUACGCUUAAAGAAAGAGGAAAGAAAUGCACAGGGAAUAACACAAGGAUAAAGACAGCCACACACAGUAUACUGUACUCAGUACUAUAUAUAGUUCAAGAAAUUUACAUUUAGGUAUAUUUAUUUAUUUAUUCAUUUGUUUGAGCCUAUAUAACUUUACUCGCCGUGUAACGGUAAAUAAGGUGCUUGAUUCUCUUGCAUUGUUUUUGCAAGGUCGAAAUGUACAUAAUUAUUUGUUUGAUAUUAUUUAGUCAAUUAUUUAUACUGGGCAAAAAGAUUGCAAAAAUAUCCCGAGUGUAUGAUAUUCAGAUAAAAAUAUA